GUUGUUAAUCAAUCAUUCCAUAGAUAAUUUAUUUAACCGUUCAGUGUUGCCAAAAUAAAUAAUUGAAAUUCUUGCCAUCUUUAUUAAACAAUUUUGAGAUUGAACGAACAAACUACAUCCGCGGCCGCGCAGGCGCAACAUCUUGACGUGACGUAAUUGCCCAUUCAUGCUUUUUAUUCAUUCAGAAAAUUAAGUUUUCAAAACAUUUUUGUGAUUAUGUGUUGUGUAAUCUGUAAUAGUUAUAAGUUGUGAGAUAAAAGUCACCUUAGGAAAAUACAUAGAAUAGAGUAAUAGAUCGCGGGUUUUCGCACAAAGUGCAUUUAAAUUCAUUGAUAGUAAAGUGCAAGUGCUGAGCACAUGCGCAAUGCAUGUCUGAGCUUAUUAGUCGUCCAAUGUGAAAAUAUUUAUACAUCAUGUUGAUGGAAUUGUGUGUACAUGAAAUGAAUAUUGUGUGUGGAUUUCAAUCAACGAGUCAAGUCGCAUACAGGCUCAAGUAGAACAUUACGACACUCCGGAAGUGGCGGGACAAGCCGGCCGAACGGGCUCGUUCCGAAAGAGAUAACAGCGGAUGAAAGAGAUAAACAGUUAUGGAUUUAACAUGGCGGACGAUACGCGUAAAGUGCGAGUCGAGGAAAGAUUGAAAAUAAAGAUCGGUGAAGCAAAGAACUUGCCAGGUCGCAGCCAUGGCACCGCGUGCCACCGAGACAUAUACUGCGUGCUGUCGCUCGACCAGGAAGAAAUAUUUCGCACGUCCACCAUGGAGAGAACGCUCAAUCCAUUUUUCGGUGAAGAAUUCCAGUUCGAGGUGCCUCGAAGGUUUCGGUACUUGUCUAUAUACGUGUUCGAUCGUGACAAGCAUCUCAAGCAGGACAAAGUGCUCGGAAAAGUCGCCAUCAAACGAGAGGACCUUCACCGAUACAACAAUAAGGACCACUGGUUUGCCCUGCGGCCUGUCGACGCCGACUCAGAGGUGCAAGGCAAAGCUUACAUCGAACUCACCCUCGAGGACUCCAGGAAAAGGUUGCGGAUGGAACCAAAACCGCCUGACCCGGAUCCGGCAGCGGACAACUGCUCGACGAAAAGUAAAGGGAACAACCUCGUACGGCUGUCGGAGUACUGUAAGGAAAGCAUGAGGUUCGGUUCGUGUUCGAGCUCGACGAGCAAGAAGCUCCUGAGUGCGGUGGCGACGGAGCCGUCGCUGUCGCGCUCCGAGAGCCUGAAGGACCGCGCGCAGUGGACGACGCGCUCGAAGCCGCCCAUGCACACCAUGUGCGAGUCGGACGCGUCGUGCGCGCCCUCCGCCGCCGACUACUGGUCCGACCCCGAGCGGCACUGCGCCGCGCGCGUCGGCCACGACACCAUCCGGCUCCGCGUGCUCGAGUGCUCCGAGCUCACCACCAAGAACGGACAGUGUGACCCCUUCGCUCUCGUCACGUUGUUGUACUCUAACGGACGCAGAGUGGAAAGACGUACUAAACCUAAAAAGAAGACUGUAAACCCACAAUUUGACGAAAUAUUCUGUUUUGAUCUCGUUAUGGAGGCGGAUCCUAAAGACAAGGACGGUUCCCAAUCGGCGGGAGUGGCGUGCGAGGCGAGGGUGUCGGUGUGGCACGACGCCGCCACGCCUGUUUUCCUGGGCGAGGUGAGGUUACAGCUCAGGCAACCGGCGCCAUCCCCUUUACGAGCGUGGUUCUUCCUGACGUCCCGCGCGGGCGGCGCGCUGUCCCGCGGCGCGACGCCGCCGGGCACGCGGCUGUCGGCGGCGGGCAGCGCCACACUCGGCUCGCUGCGGCUGCUGCUGCAGUACACCGUCGACCACGUCUUCCCUAUACACCAGUACAGGCGGCUCGAAGAGCUGUUCUUGCGCAGCGUGCACCAGAAGCCUAUAACGGCUUCAGCGGUGUACAUACUUGGCGAAAUCGUGUCCAGCAAGACGGACGCAGCGCAACCGCUCGUGAGGUUGUUCACACACCAUGAUCUCAUCGUGCCGAUAGUGAAGGAACUGGCCGACGCAGAAAUAUCAGCCCUAACGGACGCCACGACGAUAUUCCGCGGCAACACGCUGGUGUCGAAGAUGAUGGACGAGGCGAUGCGGCUGAGCGGCGCGGCGUACCUGCGCGCCGUGCUGCGGCCCACGCUCGCCGCCGUGCUCGCCGAGCGCCGCCCCUGCGAGAUCGACCCCGCGCGGGUCAAGCCCUCCGCCGCCAUCAGCACCAACCUGGCUAACCUCAAGGACUAUGUCGAACGGGUGUUCGGCGCGAUCACGUCGUCGUAUGAGACGUGUCCGGCGGCGAUGUGCCGGUUGUUCGACGCUCUGCGGCAGUGCGCGGCGCGGCACUUCCCGCGCAACGCGGAGGUGCGCUACUCCGUCGUGUCAGGGUUCAUAUUCCUGCGGUUUUUUGCGCCCGCCAUACUCGGCCCCAGACUAUUUGACCUCACCACCGAGCAGAUUGACCCACAAACCAACCGCACGCUGACGCUGAUUUCGAAGACUAUUCAAUCACUAGGCAACCUUGUGAGCAGCCGGUCCGCGCAGCAGGUGUGCAAGGAGGAGUACAUGGCCGAACUGUACCGCAGCUUCUGCACGCCACGACAUGUGCAAGCAAUAAAGCAGUUCCUAGAAAUUAUCUCCACCAGCACCGACACGCAAAACAACAAUGUACACGACGCUCCAGUUCUUUUGAAGGAAGGCACGAUGAUCAAGCGGUCGGAGGGCGUGCGCGGCGCGGGCGCGGGUGCGGGCGGCGCGGGCGCGGGCGCGGGCUCGCCGCGCCGCCGCUGGACGCGCGCCGCGCACUCGCACGCCAAGCGCAGGCACUUCCGGCUCACCAGCGGAGAGCUGUGGUGGUCGCGUUGCGGCGCCAAGGCUCCGGCGCGGCGACUGUCGCUGGGCGGCGUGCUGGCGGUCGGGCCCGUCGACUGUCCGCCCGCCGGCGCGCCACUCGGCGCCAACAAUAUCUUUCAGAUAGUGCACCGCGAGCGUGUGAUGUUCGUCCAGGCCAGCAACUGCGUGGAGCGCGCAGAGUGGGUGCGUCUGCUGUCCGCCCUGUGCCGCCGCUCGCCCGCCGCGCCGCUGCACACCGGCUACUAUGCCGACACUCACUGGACGUGCUGUGAUCGCGCCGAAGCGGAUGCCGAGGGUUGUGGCGGCACGGAUGGCGCGGCGGCCGGAGAGGGCGCGGGGGGUGGCGCGGUGGCACUGGCGCUGCGGCUCGACCCCGCGCGCGACCUGCAGCGGCUGCACGCGCUGCUCGUGGCGCACGCGCCCGCGCUCGACGACCGCUUGCACCGACCCACAGACACUGUAAGUGCCGAAGAGCGGGAGGCAGAAGCGGCGACUCUUCGUGAACUACAAGAGACCAUGUUUAACCUGGAACAUCAACACCGUAUAUAUCGCCGCUCACUCGCCAGGGAGACUAAAUAUGGCAGCAAACAAGCACCCAUCGGCGACGAUAACUAUCUUCAUCUGGCGGGUGCUGGUGCGGGUGCUGGCGGCGGCGCUGGUGUGGAGUGUGGGCCGCUGGCGUGGCGCACCUGGCGCGGCGACUGCGCGCUUGGUGUGGACCUCGACGGCAAACCACUGCAGCAACGCGCGCCAGACCUCGCCUCCAGCACCGAGUCACUGCGCCUCGCACGCCACGCUGACGAACGCUCCUCGGGCAAGUCCACGCGCUCCGCCGGCAGUGGCUACCUCACGAUGUCAUGCAUUCGACACGAGCCGGCCGAAGACAGUGACGCAUCGGCAGAGAGACCCGCGCGCCCGCCCAAGCCCACGCGCCUCUCCCCGCCGCGCGCGCCCGCUUCGCCGCCUUGCGAGUAUGUGCACGUGGAGCCUCCGCCGCGCUGUCGCGAGUACGAGCUGAUGGCUAACUUCGCGAGCCGCGCGCGGGUCGCAGACGACGACACGCCGCCCGCCGUGCCGCCCCGGACUCGUCCUCGUGCCGCUGACCCGCCCACGUCACCACCGGAGCCAGCGCCGCGACCGCCGAGCUCUGCCGACGCCGUAUCCACCGACGAUAGCCUGCUCGAUGAAUUACAAAGAGAUGCCUAUUGUGUGCUAAGAGUUUGUGAAGAUGAUCCACCUGUAACUGUAGAAUCGGCUGCCAAAACUGAGCCUGUCACCGAACCGCAUCCGUGUGCAUCCGAGGGUGUGGACGAACCUUUCUCGCGGUCCAGUGCACAGCGAAAGUCAAAUCCAACAAGAAGUAGAGCAAGUCCAGCGCGACCUUUAAAAACGUCAAGCUCGACGUCAAAUGUGGCAGAUGCAGGUACGACUCAGUCCCGCCCACUUGCUGAACGGCUAACGCCUUUUUUCCUAAAAAGAAAACCGAAACAAACAGAGGAGGCAUCGGCGACUAGUGCUAGUACAAAACGUGAAGACAACCUGAUCGGUCGAUUGACUCCUCGAUUCGGACAAUCCCGUCUGCAUGGUCGAGGUCGGUCGCUGGAGUUGGCGCCGCCGGAGCCUCGUCCGCGACGAAUUGAGCGUUCAGCGACUACGGUCAACAUCCCUACACGUCCGAUAAACUCUUCAAUCGUAGCCAAUUUAAAGUUUUUUAGUUUGCAUCGAUACGGUCCUCAAGAAGACGUACAGUGUCGCGGGUUUGCGCGGACCGAGGAGGAAGGAGCGGACGCUGGCGGCAGUGAUACGACAGAAGGCGAGGCGUGGCGGCGCACUCACGGCAACUCUGCGUCACUGCUGACGGCGGCAUCCAAUGACAUCAGACUGUAGCGUCAGCGGCGCCCGUCCGGCUCGUCGAAGCGACUCCGAGCGCUGUUGCGCUUCGGCGGUGAACGCGAGCGCGGGGCGGGAGUGUAGAUAUAAGGGACUUUAAAUAACUGUAUUAUUCUCGAAACAAAACGUGAACCCGAUGCCGGCAUCCGGUUACGCGCCUAUUAUACGUAUUCUUAAUGGUCUGCUAGGCGUGCUCUUAUACAAAAUUAAGUUGAUAGUGUGCUGGGUAUUUGAUGAGGAUGUGGUCAUCAAUCGAAUGUUAGUUCUUGUAGCGCGAAUGAUGUGGAAUUUUACAUGCAUUUUCUAAUCACAGAUGUGACCUUACGCCGUGACGUACAUUUGUGUCAUAAAUUAUACCUUUUAUUGCAUGUAUUAGUCACGAAUUUAAUAACAAAUAGAUUUGGACUUGGUUAAUGACUUAAUAUGGAAUGAUUGUAGUGACUACAGUGUAGUUAAACUGCAAUUAUUAUGCAGAAUGGACAUUCAAACUGGAACUUGCUACCAUUUGAAAGUACUUAAGUUUGAAUAUUUUGAUAUUAUGCUGAUUGUCGAUGUAAAUCCGUGCGUGAGUGCCUCCAGACAUGCCCUCUAUGGUAAUCAAUUAUUUAAUAUGCUAUGUCAAAUUAUGGCCUUAAUAUUUAUUGCGCGUGAGAUCACGGCCUUCGAUUUAAAACACCAUUUACUUAAACUGUGAUUCACUUUACAAACUCAGCUCAUAUUUUAAAGUGUUGUAAUGUAAUUUUAGUCUGUAUAUAGCAUUAGUCAAUUAUGAAAAUGUUGAGAAAGUCGAAUAUUAAAAACUCGUCAGAGAUGUAUUUUGAUGAUUAGUUUUAUGAAUGAAUACUUUGUAUUAAUACAAUUUUCUUAUUUAGCGUUUGAAACGGCUAUUAUACUGUCAAGGAGUACUUCUUGCACAAUAAUAUUAGAACACAUAAUUCUUGAAACUAAUUUUGAAUGUUGCCUUGUAAAAUUUAUAUACCGUGUAAAUAGUUAAUGAUAGUAUAAAUUCCAAACUAAGUUGAAUGAGAGUCUUUUGUGUUGUUUUUACAUUUUGUCAUGAAUCCAGGUAGUAACUUUGAAAGUUAAUGACCACUCCGCCACAGUAAUGUUAACAUUACCGUGGCUAUGAUUAGGACUGCACUCACUUAAAGCAACUAACAUAACAGAAAUAGUAAAAAUAGUAGACACAUUAAAUAGUGUUCUUAGGAAUUAUUAUUGUCACAUGUGUAAAAUGUAUCAUAAUAUCGCAUAUAAUGCACCCAGUAGCUGGCUCUUGUAAGUACAUAUUUGCCAACUGAAUGUUGCCAUAUACAUAUAUAAAUUAUAGAUAAUAAUAUAUUUAAGAACUCUAUGCCGUUAUACCUGUAUACCUCUUUCAACUUUUGUUUGGAUAUUCAAGUAACUUCAAUUUGAUUUAGAUAUUUCAAUAUUGUCUAGAAGAGGCAUGGUGAUAGCCAAUACCAUUUUGUUUCUCUAGUGAUUAUAUUAGUCUUACCUGUUGUGGUGCUGAAUGAAACUGUUUAUAGUAGUAACUGAGAAUAAGAUGCAAUACAUGCAUGGUACUGUAUUACUUAAGUAUUUAUUUGGAAGUAUAAUGGCACUGUUAUGUUUAAUAAAAGAAAACUCAUGUAUGUAUGUACGUUACGCGAGUUGUUGUCUUAUUUGUAGAUGAAUGAUUCGGUUUAAUUUUAAGAAUCAAAUAAUGUACAAAUUAAUAUUGCUAAAAAUAUAUAAUGUUAUUUAUUUCAUC